GUAACUAAAUGACCAUGGAAUCAGGUGCAGAGACACAGCAGAGUGGAGAUGCAGCUGUUACAGAGGCAGAAACCCAACAGAUGACUGUACAGGCACAACCGCAGAUUGCAACAUUAGCCCAGGUAUCUAUGCCAGCAGCUCAUGCAACAUCUUCUGCUCCAACAGUGACCUUAGUACAAUUGCCUAAUGGGCAGACAGUUCAAGUUCAUGGAGUUAUUCAAGCAGCCCAGCCAUCAGUUAUUCAGUCUCCACAGGUCCAGACUGUUCAAAUCUCCACUAUUGCAGAAAGUGAAGAUUCACAGGAGUCAGUGGAUAGUGUCACAGACUCACAGAAACGCAGAGAGAUCCUUUCCAGACGACCCUCCUACAGAAAAAUUUUGAAUGACUUGUCCUCAGACGCCCCAGGAGUGCCAAGAAUUGAAGAAGAAAAGUCUGAAGAGGAGACAUCAGCACCUGCCAUCACCACUGUAACAGUGCCAACUCCAAUUUACCAAACCAGCAGUGGGCAGUACAUUGCCAUCACCCAAGGAGGAGCAAUACAACUGGCUAACAAUGGCACAGACGGAGUCCAGGGACUCCAAACAUUGACCAUGACGAAUGCAGCUGCAACCCAGCCUGGUACCACUAUUUUACAAUACGCACAGACCACUGAUGGACAACAAAUUCUGGUACCGAGCAAUCAAGUUGUUGUACAAGCUGCCUCAGGAGAUGUGCAGACCUACCAGAUUCGCACAGCACCUACCAGCACCAUUGCACCUGGCGUGGUCAUGGCCUCCUCCCCAGCACUUCCUACGCAGCCAGCAGAGGAAGCUGCACGAAAGAGAGAAGUGCGCCUAAUGAAGAACAGAGAGGCUGCACGUGAGUGUCGCAGGAAGAAGAAAGAAUAUGUGAAAUGUCUCGAAAACCGAGUGGCUGUGCUUGAAAACCAAAACAAGACACUGAUUGAGGAGCUGAAAGCACUUAAGGACCUGUACUGCCACAAAUCAGAUUAAUUUUGGAUCCCAUUUUUCCUUGUCAAAGUGGGAUACAGACUGGUUUUGCCCACAACCAGAAAGACAAAGUAAACUUUUUAUUUUCUAAACAUUUCUUUUUUUCUAUGCGCGAAACUGCCUGAAAGCAACUACAGAAUUUAAUUCAUCUGUGCUUUGCAUUAAACUGUGAAUGUUCAAACAUUUCCUCCACUGCUCCUCCCAAGAGGUUAUUUUCAUCACCAACCAUCCUGAUCAUGAAGAAGAAGAAGAAAAAGAAGAAGGAGGAAAGGCUUCUUUCUCAUGCCCCCCAUCAUUGUCAAGAAGUAAUCAUGUUCAUUUGUGAAGACUUGGGGAGGGAGACUGGGUUCUUUUGUAUGAUUUCCAGAGUGUGUGCUGACCUUUUUGAUUGCCUUAGGGACAGAAUCACCCUCUUGGCCUGAAGUACUUUGUGGACCACAUAUAUAUAAAAGUAGGUAUGGUGCAGUGAAGAUGCAAUGAUUGCCAAAUUGAUACAUGGUUUCACAUAGUCAUUAUAAACAGUACAAAUACAUGGCUGAGUGGCAUGCCAAGCGAAGGCAGCGCCAUAUACAGAUUCUUAGUGUGGAGAUAAUAGAAAAAUAUUAAACUAUCGCAGGUGGAUUUUUGGAGUGUCAUCUAUAAUCUCUCUGCCUUCUAGAUUGAUAAAAGCUUCUCCAUACUUCAGAGACCAUUUCAUUGAAGCUAGGUCCAUUAUGGGUCACUUGUUGCUUCUUGAAGCAGGUGUAUGUGUGUCUGUGUCUGUCUGUGUUCAAUAUUUUGAAUACACUCAAAUAAAUCACUGAGUGAAGCAUCUUAAUAUUGGAUAGGAAAUGAACUCAAGUACACAAAGGUACAAUAGCGAACAGCUUCUGUUUAGAAGACAGUUAUAUAGUAAACAAGAGUAAUGCUUGGAGCCCUACCUGUUUUUAUCCAGCACAACUAUAUCACCAACUCCAUGUAUAAAUUCAUUGAUGAACAUGGAAAUUCCUCUGAAUAUCUCAUCUCUUCUCAGACAAGUAGGUUAUCUUCAUUGCUUUAUGCUGAACACAGGUUUGUUAAAUUAUUUUUUCAACCCCUGAGGUCUCCCUGUAUACUUAAAAUUCAUCUUUGGAAGACAAGUUCAAAUAUGAGGAGUAUAAAUGUUCCCUGCUGAAUCCCACUUUUAGGGGAUUUUUAGGGUAAGAACUGUGUUUGGGGAAAAUAUUGACUAUGAACCUACCCAUCCUAACCAUAAAUGUACAUAAUUUAUUCAAUGGAUGGUUUUAAUGUAAAGAGCCAGAUCCAGCAAACUCUUUACUUAUUGAGUAAAAUUACUCACAUGCAUCAAACGUUUGCAGGAUCAGGCCCUUGCGUAUGCACUGAGGGAAUAGCUAUUUUCCCCAGAAAUACAUGACAAGAAAUAGUAGAUGUAAUCAUGUUCACAAUAAUGAACUCUGUACUCAGCAGUAGGAUUUCCAUUGUGUGUCAAAAUAAUCAUGCUUGGUUUGUGUAUUGGCCCUUCAAAGCCAGAUUGUGAUGUUUUAACUUGGUCAUUUGAUAAAAUAUGUUUGCUCUGGACCUCAGGUCCUGGUUAUUAUUUCAAGCUUUGUGUAUAUACACAUACACGCAAGACUAUGGUCUGUACUAGUACCUAGGCUAAGUACUAGCUAGUAUUUUUUCUUGUUCACUUAAUCUGUUUAAAAGUAAAAUUUCUAAUUUAAGAUCAUUUUUAAUGGUGAGACAGCUGCCAAGGUGGCAUUAGAAUAAAAAACACUGAGAGGACUGUAAACAAUUGACUAAGAAAGCUGUUAGCAGUAUUAAAAGUUAUGGCUUUCUUAUUUGAGACGGCAUUUGGUUUCCAAGAGGUUUAAGAAAGGUUUAAGAUUAAACUUGUAGCAUUAUUGUUUAAUCUAGGGUCAAGAUUAACUUCAGGUCAAGUUUUGUUUGAUGUCAAAUUAAACAGAAUUGUAACAUGAGUAUCAGGAUAAUGAAAGAAUAAGUUUUCAAAUCUAAGAUUGUCAAGCAGUUUUUAUACAUAGCCUAUUUUUAUCUGCAGUAGAGGAUUGAUUUUCCUUUUUUAUUUUUUUUAAUUAAGAUGUCACUUUAUAUGAUGAAUGAUGCAAACUUGAAGAAAGCCCCUAAAUUCUCAGAUGUGCUUUUAUUAAAAUUGGCAGAUUCUUAAAGAUGGAGAAUACAUACAUUGGAGUGAAUUUAUCCCUUCCCCCACUCAAGACAAAUAGUUUACUAUAAAUGCAUGGCAUUUUCUCAGAAUUCCUGCUAGAAGCAGAAUUCCUGCUACUGCAGGAGUGGACUACUGAUUUGCCUCAUUUAAACAAUUAUGUGUUAAUAAGAGAAUUUUAAAAAGCUGUAAAUACUCUACAUGAAGCAGGAUGUUUCUCACUAUAGAGCCAUCAGUUUGCAAAAACUUGGGUUUUGUGGUGAACCUGCAUGAAAUUAGUUGAUCUCAGUUCUGUUCCUUUUAGAUAAUUGGCACUGAUUAGCACCUUUUGUUGAUAGUCUCUCAGCAGAGAGAGACCAAGAACUAAAUAGACUGUGGAGACAGAUCUGUUAGACCUAGAGGUGCUCCUUCAAGGACAAAGUGGAAUCAUAUUCAUUGGGCAAGGUGGAAAACCUCACCUUGCUAAUGUCCAUGCUGUACAAGUCCUGUGGAUAGAAUCUUCAGAGUUACCAAUCCAGACCCUCAUCAGCAUUAAAGUCACAUACACAAAAAUAAUUAAAAAAUCUUAUUCUAAAGUACCCAAAGAUGGACAAGAAUCUAUUUUUGUGCAUGCAGCACUGAGGACUUGGGUUUUUAAUAGAAAUGAAAUAAGUCAGCAAUGAAGAUUAUCGUAUUAGAACAAGUACAGGGUUGAAUUUACCAGUUCAUGCUUUUAUUAUUCACAAUGGCCAAAAAGAGAAAGAAGACAAUACCAGAAUCCAUUCAGAUGUCAUUAACUUACUGAGAAGCAAAUAGCAAGGGGUAGGAGGAAGUCAGCUUUUAUAAAUUAGGGCCAUUUUGCUGUAGAACAGAAAUUCUGCUGAAAUUAAUGGGAGGCUUGUUUUAUAUCUCUGUUGUAAGCUUUCAAGCAUUGAUAGCCUGGUUUACCUGAAGAGAGGUUAGAAAGGGCUAGAUCCAUUAUGCUCAUAAUAAACCAGAAUUGAUUUCAAAUAUAAUUUUUGUAAUGUCAUUAUUUUGCAAAACAACAGCACCAAGCAGGCAAUUAAGUUAUUGUCAAAGGUGCUCUCUUAAUUUAGAUAUUCUUGAAAAAAAUAUGUAUAAUAUGUACAUAUAUAUAUAUAUAUAUAUUCACACACAGUAUAUAAUCUACAGCUCUGAGAGCUUUUAAGUCAGGAAUGCUGAGUAUUAUAGUAUAUUAAGAACAGAAACAAUUUUUACUUUUGUGUGUGUGGGAGUGUGUGUGCAUGUGCGCGCAAGCUUACUCUUUUCAGUAGGUUUGGGCUGCAUUAUUCAAACACUGAUUUUUGUGCUGUUGUUCAGUUAUCAAUUUUCAAGGAUUUUAUUUCAUUCUUCAAGGCCAUUGUGUUUUUCUUAGAUGGAGAUUUUGAAGUAAUUUAAACGAUUGUUUAAAAACGUUCUCUCCCCUCCUCAAAAUUAUUCACUUUUGAGCUUUGUCUCUUUGGCAGCUAUAUAAAAUAGGCAAAAACAAUUGGAAGGGUUUUUACUAAGAAACCAUUGGUAACACUUCUUUUUUUUAACUCAUGGGGUAGGGGUUA